AUGUUCCCCGAUUAAAAAAUAAUUAUUUAAUCAGCUAAUCAAUAAUAUAAGCUUUUCAGUUCUAUAACUAUGUAGUUUUUUCUUCAAACGUAAGAUUCCUUUUUAUUAUAUCAUUUUAUCGAAUUCAAUCUUUAAAGUUAAUAGAAGACUUAUCUUACUGUUCUUUAACUUAUAAAUGACGCAAUCUAGAAAAAUGAUUGGUGGAGUGCAUACUAACUUUAUAUUGUUUAGCCUUUACUUAUAAACACUAAAGAAAAAUCAAAAUUAUAAAAAGCAUCUGUUUAUCAGUUUAAAAAAAAAUACUUUCAAAAAUUGAAUUUAAUAGAACUCAAUAAUUUUUAAAAUACAAAGAGAAUUUUUUAACUAAUAAGUAUUUUUGUUACGUUUUAUGAGUUAAUCAAAAACAAUCUACUUAAUUUUCAGUUUUUUAAGAUUUUCACAUUAGUUCAUAAUUCUUUAAAUUCUCAGAAAUAAUGA